GUAAAGCGACAAGCAAAGAAAGUCAAAAGUAAGCGAUGAAGCGCCCUGCGGUCCAGGGGCUGUUAUCGACUGCGCUGUGUGUGUAGCGCCGGCUUUGCUCUGAUUUGUGUGAACUGUAGUACAUCACAGACUGGGACGGGAGUUAUAACGUACAGAUGAAAGAGGAGGUUCUGUCGAACCAGUGGACUCGUGUAUUGUAUUUUAAUUUGCACUUUUUUGUCUUUCUUUCGUACACUGACUUAUUUUGGCACAGUAGCUACCAUAAUAGUUUGAAGUAUUCCAGUAUUAUAUUGACAGUGUAGCACUCAGUGAACCGUGCCUCGUAUAUCUCAAUGUUGCCCGCCUUACACACUCUCAGAUGCAGUACAGGGUGCCGUGAGUACAGCUAGCAAACGGGAGCAUUUCAAGAGCCUUUGAUACCGGUCUCCUGUGGGGGUUUAGACAAGAAAACACGCCUGUAAAUCGUAUUCGAGUCUGCAGUUCACGUUCUUCAGGUCAGCAACAUAUCCUUACUUGAUUACCUUCGUUUUAGGGGAAGGGGUAGGGGUUGUAAUAGCAGGUGACUUUUAAAAUGUAUUUUCAAGGUAAUUUCAAAGAUUCUUAAUUUCUCAAAGCCUAGGCUAGCUCUUGGAGAUUAAUCUAAUGCAGUGGGUCCAUUAACUGCUCCAGCUGUUUGUGUUCCUGUCGUUGAAGUGGGGAAGCAGCGUUGUAUUUCACGUUUACUGUAAUCAGAAUUGGGUACAAUUGAAGCGAGUAUCGUCCGGAGCAUUUUAUCAUCUAGAAACUGAAGCACGAUGACGUGGCCUCAUUGUAGAAAACACAGUGUGUUAUUGUGGGUGCAGCCUGGUGUGUGACUUUUAUUGUGAUUUUAGUCUUUUGCUUCUGGUGAUGUUAUCCAGUACCCAAUAGCUUACUGUUGUGUGUUUUGAUAAAAUGCUUUACGUUUCUGCUUUAUUUCUACAUGCUGGAGGCUUGCUUGGAUCUAGAAUGACUAGCGUGCCAGGUGGUAACAUGGUGAAGUUCAAAGCCAGGCAUAACCUUUAGGGUUAGAAGCAGGUUCUUGUCUGUGGCACCCACCCCCUCACACGAUGAUCUGUGAACUCUUGCUAGACUUGCACCCCUCUUCCCAUUGACAGCCAGCCAGCUUGUUUAACACUUGUGUAAAGUGGCUGAGUCAAGCCCUCUGUCGCAAAGACACCUCCAGCACCCGCUUGCCAGUCCGCUACUUCCAGGAGAUUGAGGGAAGCACUUAUUUAUUCAGCCAGAUGGUGAUUCGUUCAGCACCACAAACUGGUAGAAAGCGGCCAGUGUUCUUCGUCAGUCCUGGAGAAGAAGGGAUGAAAAGCUGAACGCUGGAGGAAGGACUCGCAAGAAUACCAAUACCUCUCAUGAAAGGAGGUUUCUCAGCUGCUCUGGAAAGUUAGUCAGAUAGAGAAUAGGCAGUCCACGGAGGGACUGGAACCAUGUCUGUCAGUGUGCACGAGAACCGCAAGUCCCGCUCCAGCACGGGCUCUAUGAACAUCUCCCUGUUCCACAAGCCCUCGCACCCGGACAGCGUGCUCACCCACCUCAACACCCUGCGCAAGCAGUGCAUGUUCACUGACGUCACCCUGUGGGCGGGCGAGCGCUCCUUCUCCUGCCACCGCGCCGUGCUGGCUGCCUGCAGCCGCUACUUCGAGGCCAUGUUCAGCGGGGGCCUGCGCGAGAGCCUGGACAGCGAGGUGAACUUCCACGACAGCGUGCACCCCGAGGUGCUGGAGCUGCUGCUGGACUUCGCCUACUCCUCGCGGGUCGUCAUCAACGAGGAGAAUGCAGAGUCCCUGCUGGAGGCUGGGGACAUGCUCCAGUUCCACGACAUCCGGGACGCAGCGGCCGAGUUCCUGGAGAAGAACCUGCACUCCUCCAACUGCCUUGGCAUGUUGCUGCUCUCGGAUGCCCACCAGUGCAAGCGCCUCUAUGAGCUCUCCUGGAGGAUGUGCCUUGUAAACUUCGAGGCUGUGAAGGACACAGAGGACUUCUAUGGACUCUCCAAGGACAAGCUGUUGGAUCUUAUCCUCAGUGACGAGCUGGCGAUCGAGGAUGAGCAGAUAGUCUACCAUGCCAUCAUCCGCUGGGUCCGCUGCGACUUGGACAGCAGGAAGAACCACCUCCCAGAACUCCUUAGUGGGAUCCGCCUGGCCCUGCUGCCUUCUGAGUACCUGAUCGAGACGGUGGCCUGCGAGGAGCUGGUGCUGUCAGACAAGAGGAGCCGGCAGAUUGUAGAGGAGGCUGUCCAGUGCAAGAAGAAGAUCCUUCAGAACGAUGGAGUGGUCACCAGCACCUGCGCCCGCCCCCGCAUGGCUGGACACACCCUGCUCAUCCUGGGGGGCCAGACCUUCAUGUGCGACAAGAUCUACCAGGUGGACCACAAGGCCAAGGAGAUCAUCCCCAAGUCAGACCUGCCCAGCCCCAGGAAGGAGUUCAGUGCCUGUGCCAUUGGGUGCAAAGUGUACAUAACAGGAGGGCGGGGGUCUGAGAAUGGCGUCUCCAAGGAUGUUUGGGUUUAUGACACAAUUCAUGAAGAGUGGUCUAAAGGCGCCCCUAUGUUGAUCGCUCGCUUUGGCCACGGCUCUGCUGAACUGGAGAACUGCUUGUACGUCGUUGGUGGACACACAGCCAUAGCGGGUGUAUUCCCUGCCUCCCCUUCCGUCUCUCUAAAGCAGGUGGAGAGGUACGACCCCCUCACCAAUAAAUGGAUAAUGAUGGCGCCCCUGAGGGACGGAGUGAGCAACGCGGCCGUGGUCAGCGCUAAACUGAAACUGUUUGUCUUCGGCGGCACCACCAUCCACCGGGACAAAGCCUCCAAGGUCCAGUGCUACGACCCUGUGGAAAACCGCUGGGCCAUUGCAGCCGAGUGCCCCCAGCCCUGGCGAUACACAGCCGCUGCGGUCUUAGGCAGCCAGAUCUUCAUCAUGGGCGGCGACACCGAAUUUACUGCCGUCUCUGCCUACCGCUUCGACUGUGAGACCAAUCAGUGGACACGAGUCGGGGACAUGACCUCCAAACGCAUGAGCUGCCACGCUGUGGCUUCCGGCAACAAGCUCUACGUGGUGGGAGGCUACUUUGGCACCCAGCGCUGUAAGACGUUAGACUGCUACGACCCUACCUCUGACAGCUGGAAUAGUAUAACCACUGUGCCUUACUCCCUCAUUCCUACUGCGUUUGUCAGCACCUGGAAGCACCUGCCUGCCUGAGACGGGAGCUUCACCAAGGAGCUCAACAUUCAACCAAAUUAAGGUGCCAUGGUUUUGCUCACAGCAUCCUUCCAACCCCAGGGCUGGGAUAGGAACUCCUGAUUGGGUGACUGGGCAGUGGCUGGACAGUCUGUUUUUUUUUUUUUAAACAGCCUUCUGAUUACCUGACAGGAGUGGAGCAGAACUGGAGGAAGUCUGGUCUCCAUGGCAACAAUGGAAGAGGCUCCUGGGAUUGUCUCCGUCCCCUGAUUUCUGUGGAGGCUCUUUAGCCACAUUGCUGAUGAGCUGGUAUACUAACCGAGAUGCAUUUGUUUCUCAAACUUUUAACACGUUCUGUUUUUUACAGACUAGACUAGAUUAACAUAAACAAAUGCCACAACCCAAACCUGGAACACAUUGAAUUGACAUCUUUGUCCUCCUUUCUUCACAGAUUCUGUCAGGGCUUGGAAUUAUUUAAAAAUGUUGGUUCAAAUGUUGGUUCCUUUCGCUUCCAGAAGGUCAUGUGAUUUUACCAAGGUCAGUGCCCAAGACCCACGGCCGGGUCGACGGGGCUUCAUGCAAGCACUGACCCGGCCGGGUCGAUGGGACUCGACACAAGCGCUGACCAGGGUCGACAGGACUCAACUCAACUUCGUACACUGUUUAGAGCAGCAUUAUUAACUCCUAUAUGAAUGGGUUGCUUCUGCACAUUGGCAUCAGCUGAAUCUGGUCCUUUUCAAAAGACUGUAUUGCCUUUUUGUAGGUGUUGAUUUGCUGGUUCCCAAUCAGUAGACGGCACAGUUUGCUGUGUACAUAUUUGAAUAAUGUCUUCCAGAUAAACUCAAAAUAACACAGCUGUGAAAACCUAUUAUUGAUCCAGAUUCAUAAAGUGCAUGGAUUAACUACAUGACAUGGCUCCUUUUAUGGUUAGAGGGAUAGAAAUAUUAUCUAGCCUGUGAUAACCGGUCCUGUACAGUACGCUUGCUGGUAGAGACAUGGGCUCCUCGGAACUCAAAUUCUGAGCAGCCGUCUCUCCUGCUGUAAUGAACUGGAUUCUAUUGCGUUGUUUUUAGAAACUUCAGUACUGGACAUGAUGCGAUGAACGAGUUUCUUUGAUAAAACCUGCACUGGAUGAAGCCUCUUCUGUUUCAAGGAAGUCGCCUCAGGGCUUCAGAAAAGGUUACUGAGGUACUAAGUAAAAUUUAGAUUUUAAUUUUCCAGGAGACACACUACUGUACAUCAGAGGUAGAAACUAGAAAGUCUGUUUGAUUACAGUUUUUAAAACAUGCACACUAGUUAUCAAAAACCAAUG